AAUUUAAAAAUGAAGAAAGUAAAGUGUGAAGAUGCAAGCAUCAUUUGACGACUAAACGUCUGCGACUACUUAAAGACUUUUCCUCUGAUGGCCAAUUUGGCAACUCGACGACCAAACCUGCAGUUAAUAAUUUAACAAGUUUUUAUUCUGCUCCAAAAAUGGAAAAUUUCCAAAUUUGGAUGUUACAACAGAAACAAAAUAUAGCAGCAGCAUUUAUUUAGCUUUCAAAGAAUGAAGGCAACAUCAAACGAAGGUUUUAAACUCUUCUUCCUCCUCUGUUUAUUUUCUAUUUAUCAAAUUUUAGGUGCUACAGAUACUAUAACAACAACUCAAUUUCUCAAAGAUGGGGAACUCAAUAUUAGUUCAUCUGGUGGAAGUUUCGAAAUGGGGUUCUUCAGUCCAGGUAAUUCUAAGUUUCGGUAUUUUGGUAUUUGGUAUAAGAAUAUUUCUGUUACUACAGUUGUGUGGGUUGCCAAUAGAGAAGCUCCUUUAAGUAAUACAUCAGGUACAGUAAAAGUUAUUAAGCCAGGAGUAAUUGUAAUAGUUAAUGAGACUAACCACAUCGUAUGGUCAACUAAUACCUCAAGAUCUGUGCAAAAUCCUAUUGCAAAGUUGCUUAAUUCUGGAAAUCUUGUUGUUAAAGAAGCUGAUGUUGAUGAUGAUAAAGUUGGAAGUUUUCUUUGGCAGAGUUUUGAUUAUCCUACUGAUACCCUUUUACCUGGUAUGAAAAUUGGGUUUAAUUUUGUAACUGGUAAAGAAAUAUACUUGUCAUCUUGGAAAAAUGAGGAGGAUCCUGCUCCGGGUGAUUAUACAUAUCAUUGUGAUCCUUCUGGUUAUCCACAAAAUAUUUUGAAGAAAGGGUCAAAUGUUAUUUACAAGUCUGGACCAUGGAAUGGAUUAAGGUUUAGUGGGGCAACAAACUCAAGAGAAAGUCAAUUUUAUACAUUUGGUGUGUUUUCAACUAAGAAAGAGGUGUAUUUUAGUUAUCAGCUUUUAGCUUCAGUUGUUACAAGGUUUACAUUGAAUCAGAAUGGUGCAGUGCAACGUUGGACUUGGGGCGAUAGGAAUAAAUGUUGGGCACUUUACCUUUCACUACCAACAGAUAAUUGUGAUACUUAUAGGUUAUGUGGUGGAUAUGGUAGUUGUAACAGUCUGAAUUCUCCGGUGUGUGGAUGUUUAGAUAAGUUUAUGCCUAAAAUUCCUGAAGAUUGGAAGAAAGCGGAUUGGUCAAGUGGGUGUGUUAGGAGUACUGAACUGAAUUGCCUCAAGGGAGAUGUGUUUUUGAAGUAUUCGAAACUCAAGUUACCAGACACACUGAAUUCGUGGUUCAAUGCGAGUAUGAACCUUGAGGAGUGUAAGAAUAUUUGCUUGAAGAACUGCUCUUGUAUGGCUUACUCGAAUCUUGACAUACGCAAUGGAGGAAGUGGCUGCUUACUUUGGUUUGAAGAUCUGCUUGACAUUCGACAGCUAGCCAACGAAGGGCAAGAUAUCUACAUUAGAAUGGCUGCUUCUGAAUUAGCUAAUCAGGAUAAAUCAAAUGGACACAAAGGAAAACUUCUUGCCUGGAUUGUCCCAUUAUCAGCUGGUACGGUUCUGAUAUUCCUAAGCCUAGUGUUCUUCCUCAGAAGAAGGAAGCGAGCUUCAGAGAAAAAGAAAGGAUUUUGGGGGUGCAAUGGCAAUUACAAGAUGGAUUACCACAAUGGAAACCGCAGUGAAGAAUUUGAGUUACCACUGUUUGACUUAUCUACGAUAGCUAAAUCUACGAACAACUUUUCAGAGGAGAGCAAAAUAGGAGAGGGUGGCUAUGGACCUGUUUACAAGGGCAUGCUUGAACAAGGACAGGAAAUAGCUGUGAAGCGGCUAUCUAAGACUUCCACACAAGGACAAGACGAGUUCAAGAAUGAAGUGAUGUAUAUAGUGAAACUUCAGCAUAGAAAUCUGGUGAAGAUUCUUGGAUGCUGCAUUGAAGGAGAAGAAAAAAUGUUGAUCUAUGAGUACAUGCCAAAUGGAAGUCUUGAUUCAUUUAUAUUCGAUGACACAGGAAGCAGGGUGUUAGACUGGCCUAAGCGCUUUCACAUCAUCAACGGGAUAGCUCGGGGGCUUAUGUAUCUGCAUCAAGAUUCUCAGUUGAGGAUCAUUCACAGGGACCUGAAAGCUAACAAUAUUUUACUAGACAAUGACAUGAAUCCAAAGAUAUCAGACUUUGGCAUAGCAAAAAGUUGUGAAGACGAUAAGUUUGGAGCCAAGACACACCGAGUAGUUGGAACAUAUGGCUACCUCUCACCGGAGUAUGCUGUGCAUGGGGUCUACUCAGUAAAGUCAGAUGUAUUUAGCUAUGGUGUCUUAGUGCUGGAAAUUGUGAGUGGGAAAGGCCCGCUCUGA